GCGGCGCCGGCAGAUGAGGGCGCGGCGGGCGCGGGUCCCGCUCGUCCUGCGGUGCUGCUGAGCCCCGGAUCGUCCCAAGGAGGAGCCCCCCUGCACGUCCCACCCAGUCCCGCCGGCCCCGCGCCUGGGAACCGCCAGGCUUAAGUAGCCAAAGAUGAGUCGUGGAUUCUCAGAAAACAAUAACUUCCCCUAUGACAACAACCAAAUGGUUUUGGAUAUGAUCCUGUGUUCCCUAAUUGGUGUUCCUCAGCCUAUCAACUGGGACAGUGUGGCAAGGCUGGUUCCAGGAUACACAUCCAAAGAAUGUGCAAAAAGGUUUGAUGAGCUAAAAAGCAGUGGAAGUUCACCUGUUGACAACCAGUAUAAUCCCCUGAUGGCUGCUGGUGGGAGUCCUGUGGAAACUUUAGCUACGUACAUCAAAUCCUCCUUGCUCGAUUCACAGACAGAGUUUCAGGAGCCUGCUCUUGGGCAGGAUUCCAUUACUAUAACUGGAAGGCCCAGUGCAGCCUCCUCAAGGAGUUGUUCUUCAGAAUCUGAGAAAGGUCCUGUACAUAACACUGGAGAAAGCACUGAUGAAACACAGGGGCCGAAUAUGGUGAUCCAUGUGUGUGACGAAGCCAAAAACCUCAAAGAAGACUUUGUGUGUCCUCGAGACCUUUUGAUUUCAGAGAUGAAAUACUUUGCUGAGUACCUGUCAGUGGAUGCCCAGCGCUGGGAGGAGGUGGACAUCUCUGUGCACUGUGACGUUCACAUCUUUGACUGGCUGAUAAGAUAUGUCAAAAGGAACUCCAAGGAGUCUGAGGCUAAUGAAAUGCCCACUUUAGAACCAUCAAAUGUCAUCUCAAUCCUUAUUUCUUCUGAGUUUUUGAAGAUGGAUUCAUUAGUAGAGAAAUGUAUUCAUUAUUGUCACCAAAAUAUGAAUGCUAUUGUAGCCACGCCAUGUAACAUGAACUGUAUCAACGCUAAUCUUGUUACACACAUUGCUGAUCUCUUCAGGCACAAUGAGGUGGAAGAGCUGAAGGACAAAAGAGACAAAUUUAAGAGUAAACUUUUCUGCAAGAAGAUUGAGAGACUGUUUGAUCCGGAGUAUGUAAAUCCAGAUUCUAGAGGAAAUGCAGCAACUUUAUACAGGUGCUGUUUAUGUAAAAAGUUGCUAACCAAAGAAACUGAAAGGAGAAUUCCUUGUGUACCAGGAAAAAUCAACAUAGACCAACAUGGGAAUAUUGUCUAUGUUCAUAUAAGAGACAAAACCUGGGAAGUGCACGAGUAUUUAAUUGGCCUUCACGAGGAGCUGAAGUCCUGGCGGGAUGUUUACUGGCGUCUUUGGGGGACUGUCAACUGGCUGACCUGCUCAAGGUGUAACCAGUCUUUCCUGUGCACUGAGUUCUCCCACUGCCAGUACCAUUCGCAGCCAGUUCUUUAUCCAGGUGUAGCAAGUGCUCUGGGCUCCACUGGCACAGGAGUGUAUCCCUGUUGUAACCAAAAAGUUCUUCGGUUUGACCCUACAACCCUCCCAAAGGGCUGCAAAGUGAGGGAUCAUGUGGUGGAGUUACCUCCAGAAAGCAAAGAUGGGGAUGCUUUGCCAUCUCAGAGUGAAGAGGGGAAUGCUUUGCCAUCUCAGAGUGAAGAGGGGGAUGCUCUGCCAUCUCAGACUGCUCAGAUCUUGAAUGAUCUGCUGCAUCACAGAGAUAUUAUAGUUGUUCCUUUCACUAAGGACGAGAAUAGUGACUCUGGUAUUGGGCUGGGUGAUGACAAAGGCCUUGAAUGUGAUAUGCUUGUAGAGCCAAAUACACCGUGGGGCCCCAAAACUGGAGAGAUCAAUGCUUUUUUGUCUCUGAAGAACUGGACUUUGCAGCUGAAGCAGCAGUCGCUGUUGUCUGAAGAGGAGGAGUACACCACGGGCUCAGAGGUCACUGAGGAUGAAGUGGGGGAUGAAGAAGAAGUGUGCAAGAAACCAGCAGGGAGAAAGGAGAAAUUAAAGAAAUCCUACAGGCACCCAAAGAAAGCAGUUUCUUCACCUAGUGUUCAGAAAAGGGAGAAGCCAUCUGAUAAGUCAAGUUCCCGAGAUGCUUCUCCAUUUGUUGUGAGCAUGCAGCAGAACAAGUGGGAUGCCUCCAGGUCCCUGAGAUACAACCAAGAUGCUCAAAGAGAAGAUGAUCAGAGAAGAAUGUCUGAGAUCACAGGGCACUUAAUAAAAAUGAGACUGGGAGACCUCGAUAGAGUCAAGUCCAAAGACAGCAAAGAAUAUGCAGGAGGCAUUUAUUCUAGACUUGAAGCUCAGAUUAAAGCCUCAGCACAGGUCAGUGCACGACAAAGCAAUGCUGAGAAGAAUCCCAGGUCAAAAACCCGUUUUGGUCAAGGCCGUCCAACAUAAGGAGUCGUGGACACACUUUAGCCAGAACUCAUUACUGCUUCCAAACUCCACUGCACUCUGACAUAUGGACAAUGCACAUCUCUGAAAGCUUUCCAGUGACUUAUUUAUUACUUUAAGCCUUGUAAAUUAUUUUGUGCUAUAAAUGAAUGCAAACCCAAUAAGGUCUGUACUUAUUUUAAUUGUAAAUAUCCUAUUUGUUAAAGUUAAAUUUAAUUGCUUUUUUUAGGCUACUGUGUUAAGUUGCAUAGAAAAUAUUUUAUAAAUCUACAAAAUUAAAUUAUCAGACUAACUUUAUUUAUGGGGGAAGAUACAAAUAUGCCUUUUGGUAUGCUAGAAAUACUGAAAAAGCAAGACUACUGAAUUUUGAAUGCAGUCAGCAGCAUUAACCCAAGUCUCCUUGUAUAUUUAUAUUGUGUUGUAUUUGAUGGUACAUUUUAGGUCAGUCUUCUGGGGAUUUGCAUUUCAAGUCCAUGACAAUAUCUGUGACUUAGAUUAGUUUAAGAAAACUUUUCAUGCAGUUCUGAGGCUUCCUUGUGUACAUCACACAACUCCCACUCCUCUGAAGGUGGGUGGCAGGUAGGGACUAGACUUCCAAAGAUGCUCUCAGUGCUGUGAUGGUGCAGCAUUGCAUCCUGCAUGUGAGCCACUUGCUUUUCUUGUAUAUGAAAUCUGUACCCAUCCCCAUUCCUGACCCCCCUGCACAGGACAGUGCUUUGUUCCCUUCUAAAACCCAAACCUUGUGAUGCAAAGCAGUUCUCUCUCUAACUGAUGCUAUGCCACUAAAUUUCUGAGCAGAUCUGUUAUUAAUUCUGCAUUUUUUAACAGAGAUGCAUCAUUACAAAGCCUUGUGCAUGUAGAUCUUUUGGGUUUAGUUACUCCCUGAAACCUGCCUGAUUAACACUGUUUAGAAGUCAGAUGCACUUUCAAGUUCUGUAUUUGCAGCAAUAGAACACAAAUCCAGGGCUACCAAAAUUAAAUAACUUGCUUAGAAAAUAUGUUGCAUAUUAGCAGAGAAAAUGGCAAUAAUAAUAAUAAUAAUGAUGAUGAUGAUGGCUGAAUUCAAGGAAACACGUUCUGACUUUUUGAAACAGGUAGAAAGAGAGCUCAGGGAAAGCUUAUUCCAGCUCCUGGCUGUAUAAUAAAUUGUGAGUUUGGAAUUAAGUCAGCAAGUUCCUGGGUGGGAGGGUGGGGUGGGGUAAGGAGAGG